GCUUGCGGCGUCACCGCCGACGCCUCACCCUCGACUCCCUCAGCCUCUUACGAGCGCCGCCACCGCCAUCUCAGUCGCCGCGUCCCUGCCGCCUCCACCGUCCACAACCUCGGACACAGCCCCCCGAGGUAAACACAGAGAGAGAGAGAGGGUGGGGAAAUCAUGCCGAAGCUCAAGAAGAAUCCCCCGAACCCUCAGAUCUUCAUGGACAUAUCCAUCGGUGGACGAGCUGCCGAGAGAAUGACGUUUGAGCUCUUUGCCGAUGUAGUUCCGAGGACAGCAGAGAACUUUCGAGCCCUUUGUACUGGUGAGAGAGGCCUUGGAGAAUCUACAAAGAAGCCACUUUAUUUUAAGGGAACACACAUCCAUCGCAUUAUCCCAGGAUUUAUGGCUCAGGGUGGUGAUUUUUCCACAGGAGAUGGACGUGGUGGGGAGAGCAUAUAUGGUGGAAAAUUUCCAGAUGAAAACUUCAAGCGAAAGCAUGAUCAGCCUGGUAUUCUGUCCAUGGCAAACUCUGGAGAAAACAGCAAUGGGUCCCAAUUUUUUAUAACAUUGAAGGCUACACCACAUCUUGAUGGAAAACAUGUGGUCUUUGGGAAGGUGCUCGAUGGAAAAGCUUUGCUUAAGAAGCUUGAAGCAGUGGGUUCUGGUUCUGGAAAGCCUACAAGCCCAGUUAAAAUCGUUGAUUGUGGUGAAGUCUCUAACAUAGAUACUCAGAAUCAGUUACAUGGAGAGAAAGAAAAGAAGCUUAAGAAGGCAGUAGAAGAUAGCUCUGAUUCUGAAGGGAAGGCCAGAACCAAGAAAAAAACCAGCGAGGAUAAACGAAAGAAAAAGAGAAAGCACUACUCCUCUGACUCAUAUAGCUCAGAAACUUCUGACUCAGGGUCUUAUUCCUCAGAUAGUUCAGAGUCAGAAUCGUACUCUUCAGCAUCAUUGGAUACCAGCUCAUCUAGUGAUCAUAGGCACAAGAGAAGAAAAGGUUCUAAGAAGGUUAAACGAAAGUCUACAAAGAGGAAGAGCAGCCAUAAGAAGAGUAAGAGCAAGAGUAGAGGAACAAAAAGAAAAUCCAAGAGAAGCUAUGGGAGCUCAAGUGAUGAUUCAAAAAGCUCAAGCAGCAGUUCUGACAAUGAAAGUGCAGGCCGCCAUACCAAGCACUCAUUGAAGAAAGACAAAGAAAAUACUGAAAUGAUAAAUUCGGAGAAAGGCAAAACCUUGGAAGAUGCAGAUAAAGGCAAAGAAAUUGUUGCAGGAAGCAAACCAUUACACAAAGAUGAAAAUGGGGCUAAUGUCAGAGUUGGAAAUCAGAACUCUGAAGAUAGAUCUAGCAAAUUCAGGGAUGAUACCAACCCCAUCAGGGCUGAUGCAACUCUGUCAAGGCCAGAUGGCAACAACACUGCUGAUGCUGCAGGGACUGGCAUAUCUGAAGCUGGUACAGAACCAAACUCUGUAACCAAUCAACCAGUACCCACCAAUGGCAAAGAUUUAGCUAAGAGCUCUACAGCGGAUGGACGUGUCAGGAAAGGGCGUGGUUUUACACAGCAGUAUUCAUUUGCACGCAGAUACCGAACACCGUCUCCAGAGCGUUCACCUGUUCGGUCUCGCUACAAUGGAGGAAGAAACGAUAGAUGGGGUAACUUUAAUAGGUAUGGAAGAAAUGGUCCUUAUGGUGCGCGGUCGCCAGUAAGGAGAUACCAUGGCUCCCCAAGAGCCAGUAGCCCACCAAGGUACGCAAGGAGAGACCGAAGCAGGAGCAGGUCACACAGUCCAGUGAGACGCCGUGACGGUGGAGGACAUCGCCGCCCCAGCCCAAGACGCAGCCGUAGCCCCGCAGAACAAUAUAAACGAGAUGUGACCUACAGGCCUCGUUCAGGUCGUGGCAGUGGCGCCGGUGGCGGCCCUGGUCACCGUGGUAGCAGCCCCUCUGCCAAUAGAGGAAGGUCAAGAUCCAGGUCCAAGAGCCCUGAUGCCUCGAGGCCUAGGUCUCCUGAUGCCGCUCCAGCAAAAAGGGUCAGCUCGAAGUACAACCGCAGGCGCAGCAGCAGCUCGAGAUCCAGUAGCCCCUCCGGAAGCAAAGGCGGGUUGGUUUCGUACUGAGGUGUGAUCUCAGGAACUGGAUAAUCAGGUGUCAUGCAAGCUCAGCAGUGCCACUCAAGUGUGCAUGUAUCAUUAAAUGAGGAAUCAUGUAGCUACCCGGCUUUUCUUUUGUGUUGUCCAUCGAAUCUGAUGUUAUGAUUUCACUGCUUUUUGCAAGAGAUGUUAAGUGUAUUCUCUCGACUUUUAUCGGUGGGAUGCUACUAUUAUUUGCUGCCUUUUUUAUGACAAUGCUGGUACUUUCUGCAAAA